AUGGACCAAUUAAACGUUAAGGAACAACAACAGUUCCAACAGAUUGUUGAGCAAAAACAAAUGAAAGACUUCAUGAGAUUAUACUCCAACUUGGUCUCCAGGUGUUUCGAUGACUGUGUUAAUGACUUCACCACCGGUUCUUUGACCACCAAGGAAACCACUUGUAUUAUGAAAUGUUCCGAAAAGUUCUUGAAACACAGUGAAAGAGUGGGCCAGAGAUUCCAAGAACAGAAUGCUUUGUUGAUGCAAAACAUGCAAAACCGUUAA